GAGGGGAGGGCCGCCUCCCGCUCCUCCCCCGCCAGUGCGCUGCCUCCGCGCUGGGGCAGGUCCUCCGCCCCGCCACCGAAGAGACGCCACCACCUGAGGCAGGGAUGCUGCCCGGCCAGAAAUCUCCCGUCUGCCUGCCCCAUCUUUCUCCGGGCUUUUUCCACCGAGCUUAAGCCCCAGAAGGGAGGGGGUGCAUGGGAGAGAAAAAGGCAGGGAUUCCGAGAGGCGAGCGGCCCCCUUCCGCCCACGCAAGGCCUCCCCCGCAACCUGCUGCCCAGCGGCUGCAGCCUCGGCCCCCUUGGCUCCCGGGCGGGCCGCGUCCACUUCCCCGCUGCAGCCAGGAGCGAGGCCACCGAGGGGGGGCGGGGCGAGUCCCCGUCGCCCGCUCACCUGCCGGGGCCGCGGGCGCCGACGCUGCGGUUGCUGGCUGGUCGCCUCUACCCGCGUCCACGCAAGCCACCUGCGCCACCAGCUGCCGCAGAGGCGUCUCAACGGCUCGGAAUGGCAACCGCGCCGCCGCUGCCGCCGCCGUAGCUGCGCUGCUCCCGCGCGGCUCCCGCUCGGCGCCCGCUAGCACUGGGGCGCGACCAACUGUUUACCGAGAGAGGGGGGAUGAUGCAGCACCCGGCGAAGGUCUACCCUCCUUUCUGUAAUAGAGCUUCCUUUUUUGAAGAGGAAAUCCCACCUUCUAACCACUGUUAGAUGGUCUCACUGUAGGAGACAUUCUCCUCUCCAGGAGUACGGUACUUUAAAUUUGAGUCAUUUCUUCAAGAACGACGGCUCAGAGCAGCAACAAGGAAGUCUAAGCAUCUUCACCAGGAGCAGAUUCCAUCUCAAGAAACCACUUUCUGUGCUUGUUUCAGCAGCACAUAUACUAAAAUUGGAAUGAUGUAGAGAAGAUUAGCAUGGCCCCUGUGCAAGGAUGACAUGCAAAUUUGUGAAGUGUUCCACAGUUUUUGACAAAUGGGAUCUAAUUAAACUAAAGAGCUUCUGCACAGCGAAUGAAACUAUCAUCAGGGCAAACAGGCAACCUACAGAAUGGGAGAAAAUUUUUCCAAUCUACCCAAGUGACAAAGGUCUAAUAUCCAGAAUCUACAAGGAACUUAGAUUUACAAGAAAAAAAAAAACAAACAACCUCAUCAAAAAGUGGGCAAAGAACAUGAACAGACACUUCUUAAAAGAAGACAUUUAUGCAGCCAACAAACAUGAAAAAAAGUUCAACGUCACUGAUCAUUAGAGAAAUACAAAUCAAAAGCACAAUGAGAUACCAUCUCAUGCCAGUCAGAAUGGCGAUUAUUAAAAAGUCAAGAAACAACAGAUGCUGGUGAGGCUGCGGAGAAAUAGGAAUGUUGUUACACUCUUGGUGGGAAUGUAAAUUAGUUCAACCACUGUGGAAGAUAGUGUGGCGAUUCCUUAAGGAUCUAGAACCAGAAAUACCAUUUGACCCAGCAAUCCCAUUACUGGAUAUAUACCCAAAGGAAUAUAAAUCAUUCUGUUAUAAAAAUACAUGCACAGGUAUGUUUAUUGCAGCACUAUUCACAAUAGCAAAGACAUGCAAUCAACCUUAAUACCCAUCAAUGAUACACUGAGUAAAGAAAAUGUGGCACAUAGACACCAUGGAAUACUACACAGCCAUAAAAAGGAAUGAGAUCAUGUCCUCUACAGGGACAUGGAUGAAGCUGGAAGCCAUCAUCCUCAGCAAACUAACACAGGACCAAAAAGCAGACACCGCAUGUUCCCACUCGUAAGUGGGAGCUGAACAACAAGAACACAUGGACACAGGGAGGGGAACAACACAC